GUAAUCUUUACCACUGGACCUCCACUCACUCUUGGUAGACUCAACCCAGUGUUUGGUGUCGCUGCAUCUCCGUAAAUAUCAGUUUGUGUGUGUGUCGAUAAAGAAUUGAGGAUCCGUGGCUGAGAAAACUAGCAAGCUAACGCGAGUAUGGGGGGGGACCAUGGCCACAGCAAGCCGAGCCUGCCGGACUACAAGCAGUGGAAGGUGGAGGGCACCCCGCUGGAGUUCACCCAGCAGAGACUGGCAACCCGAGGCCUCAAGGACCCCUGGCUACGGAACGAGGCGUGGAGGUUCUCAGGCGGCUUCGCCCGGGCCAUCACUCUGUCAGACGUGCUGCUCAAAGGAUUCAAGUGGGGUUUUGCUGCCUUCACCGUCGCUUUGGCUGUCGAGUAUGCCCUGUUCCCGCCCAAGAAGGGUGGCCAUUAAUGUCCCAUGUUGUCUCCCACAUUAUAAUGGAUUAUAAUGAAAUUCUGUAUUUUCUGUUAAAUAAAUAUUUCGUUUAUUGUCUCA